UCAAAUUGUAUGAAUAGAAUGUCUGGUCUUAUUGGAACUGGAGAUAGCCUUAUAGCAAGAGUAGAUUUAUGUAACAAACGACAAACUAUUUUUCAUGGUUAUGCAUUGCCUUUCAUUCCCUUCUAUCUGAUUGGAUUCUUGGCAUGGUCAACAUAUUUUGAUUUGGAUCAAUAUGAACCUGGUGUCAUCAUUGCAAUUGCUAUCGGCUUAAUUCAUGCAUUAACGUUCUUGUUUUGCUUUUGGUCAGUUGAUGUAAAGUGCUGGUUAACAUGUUCAAAGGCAUAUGAUCCAAUCACAGCAAAAUUUGUCAAAGUAACUCCAAAACCCCACAAUGGAUCAAAGGAACUCGUUCCAAUACAUGUUGAUGUAUUUCCAGGCACAACAAAAAUUUGGUUUGAAUUUCAAAAGGCUCACUAUGUUUAUGACAAAGACGAAAAGAAAUGUUUCACCACAGUGCAGUUUCCAGUCAGUGAAUCAUUUUCAUAUUAUCAAAAAUGGAGAGGAUAUGAGAAUGAACAAGAUGUACAAAGUGCUAAAGAUGAUUAUGGAAAUAACCAGAUGGAGAUGGUUAUACCAGAUUUUCGUGAACUUUUUCAAGAAAGAGCAACUGCACCAUUUUUUGUUUUUCAAGUAUUUUGUGUUGCUUUAUGGUGUAUGGAUGAGUAUUGGUAUUACUCUGUCUUCACAUUAUUUAUGCUGAUUGCAUUUGAGGCUUCUUUAGUUUAUCAGCAAUUAAGAAACAUGGCUGAAAUUCGAAAGAUGGGAAAUAAACCUCAUCUUGUGAAUGUUUACAGAGAACGCAAAUGGCGACAAGUUGUGAGCAAAGAGUUGGUGGCAGGAGAUAUAGUUUCCAUAUCAAGGUCUAGGAUGGAUGAAGAUCAACUUGUACCAUGUGAUAUGCUCUUAUUAAGAGGAAGAUUAAUUGUCGAUGAAGCGAUGUUGACUGGUGAAUCUAUUCCACAGAUGAAGGAACCUAUUGAAGGAGUAUCUGCAGAUACAAUACUGGAUUUAGAUGUUCAUUCAAGAUUGCACAUAAUAAAUGGUGGAACAAAAAUAGUGCAGCAUACACCUCCUCCUAAAAACACAAGCAAGGAAGUUACAGGGAAAGAGAGUCCAUUGAGACCUUCAGAUAAUGGAUGUGUUGCAUAUGUAUUGAAAACCGGUUUUAACACAUCACAGGGCAAGCUUCUGAGAACAAUCCUAUUUGGUGUGAAGAGAGUGACUGCUAACAAUUUAGAAACAUUUGCAUUCAUUUUAUUUUUACUCAUUUUUGCGAUUGCUGCUUCUGCUUUUGUCUGGAUCAAAGGUACUGAAGAUCCAAACAGGAGCCGAUAUAAACUUCUACUAAACUGUGUUCUCAUUCUGACAUCGGUGGUUCCUCCUGAAUUGCCAAUUGAACUUUCACUUGCUGUUAAUUCAUCUCUCCUGGCAUUGUCAAAACUUUAUGUUUUUUGCACUGAACCAUUUCGUAUUCCAUUUGCUGGAAAAGUGGAUAUUUGUUGUUUCGAUAAAACUGGAACACUGACGAGUGAUUGUUUAGUUGUGGAAGGAAUUGCAGGUGUCAAUCCUUCAUCCACAGUAGAAAAUCAAGAUGAAAAUAACAAACAAAAAUUAUGUCCUGUUCUCAACUCUCCUGUCAUUACUCAACAGGUUCUUGCAUCAUGUCAUGCUCUAGUGAACAUGGAAGAUGAUCUUGUUGGUGAUCCAUUGGAACAGGCAAUGUUAAAAGCAGUGGAUUGGUCUCUAACCAAAGGUGACAUUGUGAUUCCUAGAAGGAAGUUACCUGGUGCUCAUCCAAUGAAAAUCGUUCACAGAUUCCAUUUCAGCUCUUUGUUGAAGAGAAUGAGUGUGAUAGUGAGUUAUGAAGAGUCUGGCUCAACAGGACAUAAUUAUAUGGCAACAGUCAAAGGUGCUGCUGAAGUAUUGAAACCAAUGUUCACUAAAGUCCCUGACAAUUACGAUGAAAUUCAUCAAAAACUAUCUCAUCAAGGUGCAAGAGUUCUCGCACUUGGAAUCAGGCAAAUGGGAAGCAAUUUUUCUUCACAACAGAUUCGUGAAAUUAAAAGGGAGGAAGUUGAGCAGGCCUUGGAAUUUGCUGGAUUUGUCAUCAUAUCAAGUCCACUCAAGCACGACUCAAAAGCAGUCAUCCGUGAACUCAAGGCUGCAUCUCAUCAUAUCAGCAUGAUUACUGGUGACAACCCAUUGACUGCUUGUCAUGUUGCGAAGGUUUUAAAAAUAACAGCAAAGAAAAUCUUGGUGUUGUCUGCAACUGAUACAGAUCAAGGUUCUUGGCAUUGGAAGUCUAUUGAUGAUGCUGAAUCUUUCCCUGUUGAACCUCAAAACUGGAGGAAGGUUUUAGCCGAACAGUACGAUUUAUGUAUAACAGGAGAAGGUAUGACAUUUUUGGAAUCUUUCAAUAUAAAAUUCUUAAAACAAGUUCUGCCUGGCAUCAGAGUGUUUGCACGAGUCAGUCCUAAACAAAAAGAGCAGGUGAUCACAAAUUUGAAACAACUUGGUUUCACUGUGUUGAUGUGUGGGGAUGGUACUAACGAUGUUGGUGCUUUGAAGCAUGCUAAUGUUGGGGUUGCGCUUCUUAGCAACGCACCUGCUCCAAAAAGAAACAUACAGGAAGACAAGAAUAAGCCAAGUUUAAGCAAUGGUAAUGAUAAAAAGCAACAAAACAAACAAUCUGAACAGUCAGCAAAUCACCCAGGUCGGCAAAAUGUUCGUCAAAGAAAUUUUGAGAAAGGUCAACCCAGAGGAAUCAAAAAUAGGAUGCAACAGAGACAAGAAGAAUUGGAACGUAAGAAAAAGAAACUCCAAGACAUGAUGGGUGAAAUGGAACAAGAUGCAAGUGUUGUCAAACUUGGUGACGCAUCCAUUGCUUCUCCAUUUACUUACAAAUUAUCGAGUAUAAUGGCAGUUUGUCAUAUUAUCAAGCAAGGAAGAUGUACUCUUGUAACAACAUUACAAAUGUUUAAAAUUCUUGCACUUAAUGCAUUGAUAUUGGCGUACAGUCAGAGUGUGUUGUACUUGGAUGGAGUCAAAUUUGCUGAUGGUCAGGCUACUCUACAAGGUCUACUGUUGGCUGGUUGUUUUCUUUUCAUUUCAAGAAGUAAGCCAUUAAAAGUGUUGUCUGCACAACGGCCACUUCCGAAUAUAUUCAAUAUGUAUACAAUCUUAACAGUAAUAGGGCAAUUUGCAAUACAUUUCGUGUCUCUUAUAUUUCUUGUGCAGAAGGCAAAGGAGCUCGAUCCAAAGGAAGAACCUAUAGACCUGGAGGCAGAUUUUGAGCCAAAUUUACUGAACUCAACUGUUUAUAUUAUUUCACUUGCUAUGCAAAUAAAUACUUUUGCAAUUAAUUAUAGGGGGCAUCCCUUUAUGGAAAGUCUUUUUGAAAACAAAGCAUUGCUAUACAGUUUAGUGGGAUCAGGAACUUUUCUGAUUUGCCUGGUAACUGGAGCAAUGCCUGAUGUCAACGCACAAUUUCAAAUAACUGAAAUUGAUCCUGAGUUUCGAAUGCUCAUCUUGCAAGUUGUUGGAGCAGAUUUUGUGUGUGCUUUUCUUGUGGACAGAGUGAUGAGGUUCUUGCUUGGACGUGGAAGAUUAGCAAAAAUUUGAACUUGAUGACAUCACAAAGAUAUUAUUUUAUAUUCUUUAAAGGCAUUGGACGCCAUAAAUGCUGCUGAUCAGUUUUGGGUGUCAAAUUAUUUUAUCUUCAUUGUGAUAUGCAGAGCACAGAUAUGGUAGCUCGGAAUUUAGUAGAUAAUGAAUGGAAGAUUCCAAUUGCCGAGUGUAUAUUUAAAGUUUCAUUGCUAUUUAUGGCCUCAGUUUUGUAAGGCCCUCCAUAGUAAUCUUGCCAUUACAAGGAGUUUUGAGAUUA